GGCUUUGCAGGCUACGACUCUUCAAGUCAAGCUAGGCCUACUUUACUAGGAAUCUGGUGUUGCAAUCCCGUGGUUGCAGCACGGCUCUUCCUAGUCAGUCAGGAUGAGGGGGGAGAUCCUCCUAGCGUUGAUCGGACUGGUCACCGUGGUGGCCGGCCAAGAUGACAAACCGUGUACUUAUGAUGGGCAGUUCUAUGCCCACCAGGACAGUCUUCGGCCGGAGCCGUCCACGGACCCUUGCAAGAUUUGCACCUGUCUGAACGGAGAGUUGGAGUGUUACUACGAGAGCUGUGAGGAGGUGAAUUGUCCGGAUGCUGUGGCUGCAGAAGGAGAGUGCUGCCCCAAGUGUCCAGACACCACCUACUAUGAUGAAUAUGGUGUAAGUAAACUUAUUAAUCAGUAUUUCGUAUCAUAUUUCGUACGUUUACAACAUCUUAGUUGUUGUUGAUCUUUGAAAAUUGUCCCAUUGCUUUCAUAAUGACAAUAAAUUAAGGCAAUGUCACUCUGUUGAAAAAUCAAGCAACUUUUCUACUGUAUCUCUUUGUGCCAGUAUCGGCCAGAGUUUUUAAGUUGUAAAAUUCCGAUUUAA